UUUAGGAGGAGUAAACAAGAAAAAAAAAAGUUGAAGCAGAGGUGUCUCAUAUGGGCAGAAGUGAAACCAAGCGCAAGCUGCGACGCUGCAGAGUUCACAUGUUUGAUGCUUUUCUCACCCGUCAGUCUGUGGGUUUGAGGUGGGACUUCUCACUUGAACACUCCCACGGAGCUGACAGCGAGGGGAAACUUAGCAAACAAUAAGCUGUGAGAUUCACUUCUGAGAAGGGCAUCGCUUUACUGCGAGGCAAAACAACAUGAGGAAACUUUUCAUUCUCCUUCCCCUGUUUGCCCUUUUUAUACACGGGACACUUCAGAAAAAUGGAAAAAGGAAGGCGGCGAUAAUUCAGCCCAGGGUGUUUUUAGGAAUCCGUGCCACAGAGUCUGUCGUCCAUGGCACCCAGACUCCCAACUCCACUGGUCCUCCGUCUCUGCAGCAGCCUCUGCAGCAGUUAAGUGACACCGCCAUAGGGUACCUCAACGGACGCCUGAGCACCAAAGUCAUCCCCGUCAUCUACUUGCUGGCGGUGAUCGUUGGAAUCCCGACCAACAUCAUCAUCCUGUGUUUGCUCGCCACCAAAAUUAGAAAGGUGUCGUCCGCCAUCCUCUACUGCAGCCUGGCCACCUUUGACUUGUUCCUCCUCGUCUCCCUCUUCUUCAAGGCUCACUACCAUCUCCUCGGAAACGACUGGGUGCUCGGAGAAGCCGCCUGUAAAGCGGUCACCGCUUGUUUCUACGGUAACCUCUACGGCUCAGCCCUGACUCUGGCUUGCAUCGCCGUCAAACGCUACAUGGCGGUGGUGCACCCAUUCAUGUACAAAACUCUGCCCAAGAAGAGGUGCACGGCCUGGGUUGUCCUGGCCCUGUGGCUGGCCUUCGCCGCCUCCAUCGUCCCCGAGCUUUUGGUCCAGCAGACUUUUUGGGUCUCCCAGCUGAACCGCACCACCUGCCACGACGUGAUGCCCCUGACGUCUGACUCUCACAAGUUCCUGCUCUUUUGCACCCUGACUCUGGCGGUUCUGUGCCUUCUGGUCCCCAUGGUGGUCACCACAGUGUGCUUCAUCAAAAUCCUCUGCGUGCUCAACCGGUCGCACUACGACUGGGCGAUGUACAUCAAGUCCAGCUCUCUGGUGUUUACCAUCUUUCUAGUGUGCUUCCUUCCCGCUGGUGUCCUGCACUUUCUCCAUUAUGUGCAGCUGUCUGCAGGAGGGGCAGAUAGUCUGUACAAAUAUUUCAACUUGGCGGUGUGUCUCUGCUGCCUCCAUGCUUGCCUGGACCCCUUCUUCUUUAUCCUCAUGUCCAAGUCUGCAGGAUCCAAAAUGUACUUUCUGACCUUCAAAGGCAAGAACUUCAGUGUGUCAUUCUAAAAGAAACUAAGGGUGUUUUCACACCUGAUAGUCCUGUAGACUCGGUUUGAUGGGGUAAGAUUUGUUUCAUUUUCAACUGGU